GCGAGUAGGAGGCAACGAGGGGAAAGGAAGUGAGCAAGAAAGUGAGCUCUGAGAGAAACAGUGAGAGAGCGAGAGAACCACCGAACCUGGAAGAGAACCUCGAGAGUGGCUGUGCUUUAUCAGUCACCUCAAACCUGAGCGCGUUUUCAGUGGAUGUAAGGCGGUCUCGCUGUGGAAAUGUGUUCGAGGCGGGCUCCAGUAACCCGGGCACGGAGAGCGCGCUGCUGCCGCUGCCUGCUGCUGAUACUCCGCUUCAUCGCGCUCCUCUGGGUGCUGCACGGAGCAACAGGGGCAGAAGCUCCCUCAGACCCGAACAUAGUGACGGCCUCCAGCUGGAACGUUUCCAGCGCAGGACAGAAAGACCACUUUCUCAGACUGGAUGCUCCCAUGAACAACAUCACCACCAACUUGGGCCAGACGGCUGAGUUGCACUGCUAUGUUUCAGGAAACCCUCCGCCCACGGUACGCUGGCUGAAGAAUGAUGCUCCAGUGGCGACGGAAGCACGACGUGUCUCUUACAAACAGACAGCAUAUGGCUCACGGCUACGUAUUCGCAACCUGGACACCACCGACACCGGCUACUUUCAGUGCGUUGCCACCAACAGCUAUGGCACUGUGUCUACUACAGGAAUACUCUUUGUAAAGUUUGAUCCCCUGCCAACACCCCAGCCUGGAAGGCCUUCACCAGAGGACAUUGAUGAGGAAGGUUUCUGCCAGCCCUACAGAGGAAUUGCCUGUGCUCGUUUCAUUGGGAACAGAAGCAUCUUUGUAGAUUCACUGCAGAUGCAGGGAGAGAUUGAAACUCAAAUAACUGCUGCAUUCACCAUGAUUGGCACAUCCAACCACCUGUCAGAUCGCUGCUCUCAGUUUGCCAUUCCCUCCCUUUGCCACUUCGCUUUCCCAACAUGUGACCGCAGCUCUGGGAUAGACAAACCGCGGGACCUGUGUAAGGAUGAGUGUGAGAUUCUAGAGAACGACCUGUGUAAGACUGAGUACAUCAUUGCCCGCUCCAAUCCCAUCAUCCUCAAACGCCUCAAACUGCCCAACUGUGAGGACCUGGCUGCCUCAGACAGCCCUGAGGCAGCCAACUGCAUGAGGAUAGGAAUACCCAUGGCUGAGUCCAUCAAUAAAAAUCACAAAUGCUUCAACAGCAGCGGUUCAGACUAUCGUGGGACGACCAGUGUGACUAAAUCCGGCCGGCAGUGCCAGCCCUGGAACUCACAGUACCCUCACAGCCACAACUAUCUGGCCGUCCGCUACCCAGAGCUCAAUGGCGGCCACUCAUACUGCCGUAACCCCGGCAACAAGCACGAGGCUCCCUGGUGCUUCACUCUGGAUGAGGGCGUGCGCAUGGAAUUGUGUGACAUCCCUCCCUGUGACUCUAAAGAAAAGCGUGGAGGCAGUGUGGAGAUCCUGUACUGGAUCCUGGUCCCCAGUGUGGCCAUUCCUCUAGCCAUCGCCUUGUUGUUCUUCUUCAUCUGCGUGUGCCGAAACAACCAGAAAGCCUCGCGCCCUCCUGCCCAGCGUCAGCCCAAGCCUGUGCGUGGCCAGAAUGUGGAGAUGUCCAUGCUCCCUGCCUACAAGCCGAAGAGCAAGGCCAAGGAGCUUCCUUUGUCAGCUGUGCGCUUCAUGGAGGAACUGGGCGAGUGCACCUUUGGCAAGAUCUACAAGGGUCAUCUGUAUCUGCCAGGCAUGGAGCACGCUCAGUUGGUGGCCAUCAAGACUUUGAAGGACUACUCCAGCCCACAACAGUGGGGAGACUUCCAGCAGGAGGCGUCAGUUGUGGCAGAACUCCACCACCCCAACGUGGUGUGUCUGCUAGGCGUGGUGACCCAGGAGCAGCCCGUCUGCAUGCUCUUUGAGUUCCUGGCCCUCGGAGACCUCCACGAGUUCCUUAUCAUGCGUUCUCCACACUCAGAUGUGGGUUGCAGUAGUGAUGAGGACGGAACUGUAAAGUCCAGUCUGGACCAUGGAGACUUCCUGCAUCUGGCCACUCAAGUAGCAGCAGGGAUGGAGUACCUGUCCAGCCACUUUUUUGUCCACAAGGACCUUGCAGCCAGGAAUAUACUGGUAGGGGAGCAGUUACAUGUGAAGAUCUCCGACCUGGGAUUGUCCAGGGAGAUCUAUGCAUCUGAUUACUACCGCGUCCAGCCCAAAACCCUGCUUCCCAUACGCUGGAUGCCUCCGGAAGCCAUUGCGUAUGGCAAGUUCACCACAGACUCGGAUAUUUGGGCAUUUGGGGUGGUGCUCUGGGAGAUUUUCAGCUUUGGCCUCCAGCCCUAUUAUGGCUUUAGCAACCAGGAAGUGAUGGAGAUGGUGCACAAGAGGCAGCUUUUACCCUGUCCUGAGGAUUGCCCUCCACGUAUGUACGCUUUAAUGACCGAAUGCUGGCAGGAGGGCCCUGCCCGGAGGCCCAGGUUUAAAGACAUCCAUGCCCGUUUGCGUGCCUGGGAGGGCCUGUCAUCUCAUGCAAGCUCCAGCACCCCAUCUGGGGGCAAUGCCACCACCCAGACCACUUCUCUCAGCGCUAGCCCAGUCAGUAACCUCAGCAGCCCGCGCUAUGCUGGCUACAUCUAUGGGGCUCCCCAAGGGCUACCUCCGGGCCAGAUUGCAGGCUUUAUGGCAGCGCCCAUGCCGCAGAACCAGCGUUUCAUUCCUGUUAAUGGCUAUGCAAUUCCACCAGGCUACGCUGCGUUUCCAGCUGCCCACUUUGCCCCAACUCAGGCGCCAACCCGGGUGGUCCAGCACUGCCCUCCACCCAAGAGCCGUUCACCCAGCAGUGCCAGCGGCUCAACUAGCACUGGUCACGUGACCAGUGUGCCUUCAACAGGCUCCAACCAUGACGCCAAUACUCCAUUGCUCUCUCACUGCAUGGCUCUGACCCCCAUGCCAGCUGUGCAGGGUGGCACAGUGCCCAUGUUUGGACACAUGCCGCAGAAAGGGCUGCCGCUGGACCCAGCUCAGGCGGCACUGCUGGCUGACUCCAACAGACUUAUGUACAGUGAAUCGAUCAUCACUGCCGACUUGUAAAUUUCCCGUUUUGUAAAUGAUUAUAAUUAUUGAUAUUUUUAAAUGUUCCUCUUUCACUUUGUAAAUACAAAAAUAGCCUGAAUAGAAUGUAAAGAUUUAUAUGCUUAUGUGUUUUUUAUAUGAAAAGUGUAUGAAAAUUAAAAAAAAAAAUGUGAGCAGUCUCCUCAUCUCCUCUUCAGAUGAUGUUGGUAUGAUGCCUGAAGAAGACUCUUUCCUUGCUGCAUGUUUGAGCGAAAUGACUGUUUCUUGCAAAGGAAGCCUCAUGUGGCCUUGAAAUAGAGUAUAGUCAUACUUCUUUCAACGACAUCUGCCUCAAGACAUUUCGAAUGGACUGUGCAGCUUGAACCCUCACUGAUCCCUUUCUUUGUUCCCUUUCUAUCAAUGUGAGGAGCUGAAAUCUUUCCAGGAGACAUCAAAUGGACAUGAAAUCACAUAUCAGUCUGUCUCUAGAGGUUCAGCACAGUCAGUCCUGUAGUUUGGUUCAGCAAUGCUAUUUGUUUCACACAGUGCUCAUGUACUUACUGUCCACUACUUUUUCUUUUGAAAUCCCGUCUUGAAAAGUUGUUGCCUUAUCAAUUUCAAAGUUUUUUUGUCUAUAUAGAAAACCAUACACUGUGUUGUCUGAAAGCCUUCCAUGUCUGGCGUCUAGUAGACUAUAAUGCGUAGUUUGUUGUCAUAUACAAUAUGCGGUAAAGGAGAUUAAAGAAAAAACAGCUUUCUGAUGCAGGGUAUUUCACAUAGACUGCAGCAAUAUAUACUUAGAAUAAGAUGCAACACAGUACAAGGAUUUCAGUGUCCUUUAUAUAUAGGAGAAUUUGGCAAAUGGCAAAUUAGCUUAGCUUUUCCUUCCGGCUCUUUCAUAGUUUAUUAUGUGUUAGCAACCACGGUUUUGUUCAGAUUAGAAUCACAAUCACAUUGGUCUAAUUCACUUUACAACGUAACUCAGCAACCCAUGAGGCACAAAUAUACUAAAGCAGUUUCUUUAAAGUGUCUUAUUAGCGCAACUAGCUGUCCAGGCUGCUAAGGCUGCAAAGUAUACCAGGUUCCACCAGGGGGCAGAGUUUUCCUAUGUUUCCAUAGAAAUGAAGUUAAUGUGCUUUUCUCUCAUUCUUCACUUGUAGUGUUUAUGAUUAAUACUGUAUCUGCCUGUUAGUAUUAUUACAUUACAUCACUGUGCUGGCUUGAUCAGACCAGGAGCUUCAGUUACUCUCAGCAAGGAUUUGUUUCAUUGUCCAGUCAGUAGAUAUUUCUUGUUACUUUUUGAGUUUGUUGCUAUGCAACUAUUAAAUGCAGAUGCCCCAUUUUUUAUUCCCAUGUUUCAGACAAUCAAGGUUCAGGGUACAGAAAUGCCUUCAUGUCUCAGUGUCAUAACACAUUAUGGCACAUCACAAGUGAACAUAACCUUAUUAUGCAUGUAACUGCUGUUAAGAUCAGUGGUUUAUUUUUGUACAAUUUUGUAUCAUUGUUUUUAUAGUAAUAUUGCAAUAUUCCUAUAUUUCUAACUAUGUGAGACAAAAGCAAGUCAAAAAUUGCCCAAACCUCUCGGCAUGUAGUGAUCAUAUUUAUGUUGGACGAUCCAUGCUCCAUCUUUUUCCUGGACAUUUAUUUCCUUAUGAGUGCUCUUAAACAUUUGCGUCCAAGAAUAUCUGAAGGUUUAUGCAGGUAUAUGUUUCGUAAGCAUACCUACUUGUACACCAAGCCAAAAACCACUUAAUAUUAAAGACUGUGAAUCAUUUUCUCCUGCUCUCUGUAGAGCAGGCUUCUUUAAGAAUGCAUUGUAUACAUGGCAAACAGUUUACACUCGCAGUACAUCAACCAUGUGGCCUUGAUUUCUUUGUAAUUGUGAGAAAACUAUUUUGCACAAAUGGUUUGUAUGGCAAAAUUGAUAUUAAAUGACAGUGUUUGGUCAUGCUGAA